AUGUUGAAGAACGGUAAUGGUAGUAGGAAAGAACUGGGCAUGCUGGGAGACAUGACGGACGGUAGUGCUGGGAGUAUUACUGGUAAUCCCGUUGUCACUAAAGGUGGAGUGAAAGCCGCCGUAGCCGUGCAUGGGUACACGGCGACAGGAUGUGGCAGCACGACGAGCGGUGACGGUGAUAUCUCAACCGAUGAGGCUUCUGAAAUUCUUGUUUUACACUGCCAUACUUAA